GUAGGUGAAACCUUGAAGAAAAAGUGGCUCUGUCUUCAAAAAAGUGACCUGACCUUUGCUUUGGGGAAAGGCGCUAGGGCGGCCGAUAAGGCGGUUGCCAUGGUGAUGAAGGAGAUUCCGAGGGAGGAGUCCGCAGAGGAAAAACCCCUCCUAACUAUGACAUCACAGCUGGUGAAUGAGCAACAAGAAAGCAGACCCCUUCUGAGCCCCUCCAUUGAUGACUUUCUCUGUGAAACUAAACCAGAAGCUGUUGCAAGGCCUGUAACAUCAAAUACUGCAGUGUUAUCAACAGGUCUGGAUCUCUUGGAUCUUAGUGAACCUGUCUUACAAACCCAAAACAAAGCAAAGAAAUCAGAGAAUCCAUCAAGAAGUGAAGGCUUAAAAGCUUCAACCCACAGAAAGAAGACAGACAAUUCUGACCUUAUCAGUGUGGAUUCUGAGCAGAAAGUCCAGACUGUCAGAGUUUCAGACAAGUCCUCACUAGAUUUAGUUGAUAUUCAGACACAGCUAGAGAAAUGGGAUGACAUCAGUUAUCAUGGAGACAGGAGUAGCAAGGUCCACCCUUCUACAGAGAGAGGAUCAUCAUCAUCUAGAGCUCCAUCAAAAGAGCUUUUAUGGUCCACAGAAAACAGAUCACAGUCUGAGCUGGCCAACGUCGUCAAGGGUGCCUUGGACUCUGAGUCAACAUCAGAACUAGAACUUGCUCCUGCAACACAGGCACGAUCAACUAAGGAGCAGCGUUGGGGAGGGCCUCUUCUCUCCAGAAAUCACUCCUUGGAGGAGGAAUUUGAAAGAGCAAAGGCAGCUGUUGAGUCAGACACAGAAUUUUGGGAUAAAAUGCAAGCAGAAUGGGAAGAAAUGGCCCGCAGAAACUGGAUUUCAGAGAACCAGGAAGCACCAGGGCAAGUCACCAUCUCAACCAUCGAGAAGGGUUAUUAUUUCCAUACUGAGAAUCCCUUCAAAGACUGGCCUGGUGCUUUUGAGGAAGGAGUGAAAAAAAUGAAAGAAGGUGACCUGCCAGUUACAAUCUUAUACCUGGAGGCUGCUAUUUUACAAGAGCCCAAUGAUGCAGAGGCCUGGCAGUUCCUGGGCAUAACACAGGCAGAGAAUGAAAAUGAGCAGGCAGCCAUUGUCGCCCUCCAAAGGUGCUUGGAACUACAGCCAAAUAACUUAAAAGCUCUGAUGGCCCUGGCUGUAAGUUACACGAACACUGGCCAUCAACAAGAAGCCUAUCAAGCUCUAAGAAACUGGAUAAAGCAAAAUCCAAAAUACAAGUAUAUCACAAAAAGUAAAAAAGGAUCCCCAGCACUUACCAGGAGAAUGUCCAAGACAUCAGAUGAAAGCUCAUUACUUGAAGAAGUAAAGGAUUUGUACCUGGAGGCUGCUCACCAGAAUGGUGAUAUGAUCGACCCUGAUUUGCAGACGGGACUUGGAGUUCUUUUCCACUUGAAUGGAGAAUUUAACAGAGCAAUAGAUGCAUUUAGUGCUGCUUUAACUGUUCGGCCAGAGGACUACACGUUAUGGAACCGUCUUGGAGCAACUUUGGCAAAUGGGGAUCGAAGUGAAGAAGCUGUCGAGGCCUACACACGGGCUUUAGAAAUACAGCCUGGCUUCAUUAGGUCCAGAUACAAUUUGGGGAUAAGCUGCAUAAACCUAGGAGCAUACAGAGAGGCUGUCAGCAAUUUUCUCACUGCUCUCAGUUUGCAAAGGAAGAGCAGGAAUCAACAACAGGUUCCCCAUCCUGCUCUAUCAGGCAAUAUUUGGGCAGCACUUCGAAUUGCUCUGUCUAUGAUGGACCAGCCAGAACUAUUUCAAGCUGCCAACGUGGGUGAUCUAGACAUUCUGUUAAGAGCUUUUAAUCUAGAGCCGUAAUAAAAA